UUCUCAAAUCCUCGACACUCAAUUACUUACGUGCUGCUGCGAUGGACAAGACCAAGUCCAAAUUAGCUGCGUUCUUCGACAACGAUGACGAAGACUCCUCUUUUCCACAAAAGGGGGUGGACGAGAUGAAACUAUCGCAAUAUGCACAGGGCACCGUGCGCAAGUCUCGGAGGGAGAAGGAGAAAGAAGCCGCAGAAGCGAAAAAGAAGGAGGAGGAAGAGAAUGCGGCAAGGGCUUAUGCGGAGUUCCUCGAUGCAUUUGAGGGCGAGGACGGUGGCAGGCGGAAGUCAAGCUCUAAUUUCGUGCGCGCGUCCGGCGAUUCGAACACGAAGACGCCCUACCAGCCCUUGCUGAAGGGUACUACGGAGUCAACAAAACCUCCCAGGGCCUUUCGAGCCGAACUGGAAGACCCCUCGCCAGCGCCUGCUGUUCCAAAACCGAAGGGAAAGCGCGCUAUGGAUGCUUUCCUCGAAGAGAUCAAGAGGGAACAAGCUUUGCGGGAAGCUCGAUAUUCUCGCUCUGCGCAUGGACGAUCUGUUACAGCGCUUGCAGCAUAUGAAGGUCAGAGCGGAAGCAAGGACCGAGGUGACCCGGAGACAACAAAUCUGUUCGUGGCCAACCUGCCGGCUAAUGUCACCGAGCAAUCUUUGGGCACAUUUUUCGCUCGACACGGACCCGUUGGUUCGGUCAAGAUCAUGUGGCCAAGGGGUGAUAUAGGCAGUGGGCCUGGUGGAGAUAUGACUGCUUCACGGCGGAAUAGGAAUGCCGGCUUGAGCGGAUUUGUAUCGUUUAUGAAACGCAAACAUGCGGAAGCUGCUCUCAGGGAGUUCGAUGGAUUUGACUGGGGAGGCUCAGUUUUGCGUGUGGGGUGGAGUAAGGCCGUGCCUAUGAGCAAUAAACCACUCUAUAUCGCCUCUGGCCGCUCUCGCUCCUCUUCACGCUCCAGAAGUAGGGGCCGUCGCGGAAGUGGGCGCAGUACAAGUCGGUCUUAUUCUCCCAAGCGUCGCUCUCGCUCUCGUUCCCGGUCUGGUCGUAGAUCAAGUCGACGUUCUCGAAGCCGUUCUUGGAGUCGUAGCCGGUCACAUUCACGUCAAAGGCGCCGGUCAUAUAGCCGAGGGAGGAACAAAAGUCGAAGCCCCCGAUGGCAAUCCGGUAAGUCUCCAAGGAGACACGAGGAAGAUGAAGGAGCUGGUGUCACAGAUACUUUCAUUCGGGCUGUUGCUGCGGAAGUGAAGGGUCAUGGCUUGAAGUAUGAAGAAAACCUCAGACAAUGGGAACGUGAGAAUGUGAAGUAUGCAUUCCUGACUGAUCGGAGGCAUCAUCGGCAUGCAUUCUACCGGGGAUUAGUCGAACGGGAGGACACCAUGGAUCCGGAAUUUGAUGAUAACGGUUACAACUCAAUUUACUCAACCGAUUCUGCUGAAGAGUCUGAACGGGAACGUUCAAAGAAGACCGUGCUUGGCAGAUUGGCCCGUAAGCGGUUUGAAGCCAUGUUACGUGGCCUUUCUGGGAAGUGCGGCGAGUUGGCUCGAUGUAUGACAUUUAGUCUUGAGCAUGCCGAAGCUGCUCGCGAAGUUUCAGACCUCAUUAUAUCGUCACUUCUAGUGGAUAGUACCCCUGUGCCUCGCAAAAUUGCCCGCCUUCAUCUCAUCUGCGACAUACUCCAUAAUUCGGCUGCUCCUGUUCCCAGUGCAUGGAAGUUCCGACAAGAAUUCCAAGCAAGGCUUGGGGUCGUAUUUGAUCAUUUCUCUACUAUCUACCACUCGUUCCCCGGUCGUAUCACCGCAGAGACCUUCAAGAAACAGAUCACUUCUGUCGUGGAUAUCUGGGAGGACUGGAUUGUCUUUCCUCCGGAGUUCACUGCAGAGCUUCGAGCACGCUUAGAUGGCACAGCUCACGCUGAAGCAAAACCUAGCAAGGACGAUGGCAACACUGACAAGGUGCCGAAAACCGAGACUCAAUAUAUAUCCAAAUUCAAGUCCAAGUCUUUCCAACCUGCGCAAGAUGCGGUUUCUUCUGCUAAGGAUUCCGGUACGGACAAAGGGGAUGAUAUUGACGGUGCUCCAAUCGAGGAGAUGGAUGUGGAUGGGAUUCCCCUGGAAGAGGAUGCCGACGGCAUACCUCUUGACGAUGUCGAUGGCGUGCCUCUUGACGAAGACGUCGAUGGAGUACCACUUGAGAAACCGGAGUAUAACAAUCGCAUCUUUGACAGCGAUGGCGAAAUGGAUGACAUCGAUGGCAUUCCAUUGUAGUCACUCUUCAUCCUGCUUCGAUGUCUGCAUGUUUUAUGUAUUUUGGGGUAGUAUGGGUCAAUC